CCGUUCAGCGCAGUUCGCUUAAUGACACUCGUCCACUCGCGCUUUUGCCCUGCGCGGAGAAAUCAGUCCGAAGGUAUAGAACCGCGUCCGCUCUCCGGUCACGUCGAAUGAGACGACCGACGGUUCGUUGCAUGGUCGUUCCUGCGCAGUGCAUUGGAAGUGAGGAGCGCGGUGACGACGAAUGGUGAGGGGGAGCUCUGACGCGCUGCGAUACCAUACGGCAGAAUGUUCCGAGCCACAUGACGUUGUGCUGCACGUAAGUUCGAAGCCCAAGUGCAGGCGUUCUCGCGUCGCUUCCUUGGCCCUGCCCACUACACCGCGCGCACCUGGCCGACUUCCCGUGCGCACGAGAAGAGAAACCGCCAGCAGGGCUCACGCUCAAGCAAACAGUCACCUAACAGGUUUGCGUGUUGGGCAGAUGACAGCAGCCGCCGGAGUUUCGGCGUUGGCAGUGGCGACAGACAGUUCUCGUACAAGACGUCCGCGAAGCGCACCGCGCUGACAUUUUGCUGCACAACCAUGACUCGGAGAAUGUUCCUGCCGCUGGUCGUCACCGCUAUAUUUCUGAGCGCCAAGGCUCAGGACGGCAACGAAUGUAGCUGCGUCGUGAUGCUACAUCAGGAGGGUGCCGAGCUGGUCCAACUCUACAAGGAGUGCACCUCCAUUGUGGGCAGCUUGUGCACCGAUGCCGACUUUGAGUUCUGCAGCCAGUUCUGCAAGAAAGAGAUGUCGGCAUUCACAGGCAACCUGGAUGCGAUGUUUGCACCCACGAACGUGUCGGUUGGCCAGAGCCUGUGCGACAUGGCCAAGAAGCCGGUGACCGGUGGGCUCGUCAAGCUGGCUGCCUUCGUGUGCGAUCAGGACGUGCGGGAUGUUGACGCGCAGCAACCGCAGAAGCUCUGCUGUGACAAGGAGGUGCGCUGGGAGCGCUGCAAAGGCGGCAGCGGCAGUGCGGGGACCACGACCGCACCUCGCCGAGCGUAGCUGUCGUCACAAGCAGCGGAACGUAGAGCCUCCGACGUCCGCAGCCUGCAACGCAUCGCCGUGCCGCGCAUCUCGGAAGCCGUGCGGCUGCAGCGCGUCAGCUCUGAAGACAACUUCUACGUGACACGGCCCACCUUUCUUUCGCGCGCUCAUUUCCCUAUCUUCAUGCCAUUUGGACUGACGUUCCUAUUGUUCCUAUUGCCAAGCACCGCGUGACGAAAGCACGAAUGCAAAAGCAUUCAAGGUCGCGAUCAUACGACCGCCGAUCCACACAGCGCAACGUCGCACGACUGAUGUUGCUGGCUUUGCGUUAUCUAGGAGGCGUUGGCACAGGCCCCUGCAAGGCGGAAAACUCUUGACCGUUAUCAUGCGUUUCCCGUGAAUACUUCAGAUCAUGCGUAACAGCAGUACUCUACUGUGUAUUGCAUAAUCCGUCUGAAGAACGUGUGACUACCGUUUGUGAUAAUGUCGCAGGGAGACAAAAGACGCGACCGGGGGGCAAAGUCAAGUUACCGAAGUUAGCUGACAAGAAAUAGUGUAGGGGCACAACCUGUCACACACGCACACGUACACACACAAAUGUAAAGGUCGCUCGGCUGUUGUCUGCCAAGGUCGGUUGCCCUAUACUUCUCAGCGAUAGGCUAUAUACAUAUACGCGCGUUCCCUGUUGCUGUACCCUUGAUUAGACGAGCCACAACUGCAGCCUCUACGACAGCGCGAGGAAUCACAGACCGUGAAGAACGCUUCGAUAGGUACUGUGUGACAGAGUCCUUCGGGCCAACGGUCGUCAUGUGCUGCUCACUGAACCGGCUGACAAUCAAACUUCGAUGCGCCAACACAUCGUGGAUUCGCUUCCGAUCCAGUAAAUGUUUUGCCACAGUGCACGGGGAUUUUGCGAAGGGCUCUGAAUAUUCAAUGAAAUAUUCAAUGAAUGACACCCAGCUGAAUGUUGGCUCGUUUUUUUUUUUCUCUCUGCUAGAUAAAUGAAUGGUGCAAUGUAAGUGAAGUGCGAAACAAUUAAUUAAUAUAGAGGGUGUCCCAGCAAUCAUGCAUCGCGUUCUUCUCCUUUUUUUUAAGGUGGGCCAUUCCACGCGAAGUCGACCAAGUGCAUAUUGUUCACAGUCGAGUACAGUAACCACCUGUAAUUUUUUGUUGUGGCUAGUCAACUUAAUAUUUAAGUGCAAUUAGCUAUUUCUUUAAUUACUACUCUGAAUGUCAUGCGGUUAAUGAAGUACUUGUAGGAUAUUGAGAUAGUUAAAGCUACUGUGUUUUCAGUCACGUACGUUUUGCCCGUUCAUUUUUUCCGAGUGGUGAAGAAAGCCCGCAACAAAUGAGAAAUAUCGCGACUAACCGUACGCUCAACGUUUAUAGAUACCUUAAACGUUGCGCCCGCCCGCCUCAAAAAGCAGCGCCCUCAAACAAGCUCCACAAGAGUUAGCAGGUGCCGGCCCUCGUCCCGUAGCAACACCAAGGCACGGUCCCCAUCACCAAGGCAUCGCACUAUCGCGACCGGAGCGCGACAGAUCGCCCACUAACUCCUGUAGAGCUUGUUUGAGGGCGCUGCUUUCGGUUAUCUUCGCGUAGAAUGACCUGUCUUCUUUUAAAGAAAGAAAAAAAGAAACGGGAUGCAUGAUAGCUGAGACACCCUGCAUAUGCAUGUCAUCUAUGAAAAUGGAAACUUUCUUGUUGUUAUUGUUAUUGGGUUUUUAUUGUUUCAGCCAAUACAAAUGCAUUACACACACGAA